CGUGAGCGUGAAGAUUUUUGGAGUGACGACACCACAAAACCAUAGCACAAUAUUACCGAAGCAGAUAGAAAUCGGGUUGAAGCGUCAUCCAACUGAGAAGCUCAGAGUCCACUAAAAGCGCCAGUGUUCGCCCAGACUGUGGUGAUCAAAUCCGGCUUUAAAAUGGUUCAGUUCGGCUGCAGGGUGUGCGGUGUCUCCGCUGUCGUCUCGCUGCUUCUGGCGGGGCUGGCAGCUGCGUCUUCUGAUCUAUUUGACAAUCAACUAGGCGACAUCAAUUACUGCAAAAAGCAAUGCCAGAUCACCGUCAAAAACAAAAGCCCAGCUAAAGACUCCAUUCUGAAUGCCUGUCACCGUGGUUGCCGUCUUUACUCCAUCUGCCAGUUUGUGAAUGGAAAUGCCGGCUUCAACACCAGCAGAGAGGAGUGUCAAGGAGCCUGCCAGGAAGCGUACAGCAAGCUGCUGGAGCAGGAGGCCUGCAGCACCGGCUGUGCCAGCCAACCUUCUGAACCUGAGAUCAAGAGGAGGAAGUUGAAGGCCAUGGCCCACCGUCCCAUGCCCCCCUCCAUCAUGGACACCGUGUCCAGCUGGUGUAAUGACAUCGUCAGCUCUGCUCAGAGCUUCAUCUCCUCUACCUGGACCUUCUACCUGCAGGCCGAUGAUGGCAAGGUGCUCGUCUUCCAGAGCCAGCCGGAGAUCGAGUACACUCUGCCGGAGCUGCAGGCUCCCCGCUCCAAUGUGGCAGACAAGCCCUGGCCACAGAUUCACUCCCACACACAGAGACCCCAUGGUGUGAAAGGACAUGGGGAGAAGGUAGCAGCCAAGGCGGGAGGCAAGGGCAAGCACCCAGCAGUCCAGCAACAUACGGAAGACCUAACCGCUGAACAUGACUUCCUGGGAUGCAUGUCAAGGCGCUCUGGGCUGCCUCGUUGGAUCUUGGCUGCCUGUCUCUUCCUGUCCAUCAUGGUGAUGUUGUGGCUGAGCUGUGCCAGCCUUGUCACUGCACCUGAACAGCACAUCAAAACACAGCUGAGCAUCAACGGAGACAAGGAGUUUCUUGAUGACGUCCAGAAGGUCAACCCCUACCAUCUGACCCCUAUGAUUGCUGUAGCCAUCGACCAACCAGAGGAGAGCGAGGAGGCAGGACCACUUCCAGUCAAGGUUGACAUCAACAAGACAUCUCUCUAGGGGACCAAUGGGAUAGGAUCAGUGUUUUCUGGGGUAACGUUUUCGUAAAACCUCCCUCAGUAAAAGAUGGAGAACAGAAACACACCAACACUCACACCAGAGUUUCUAUACAUGCAUGGCACCAUCCCUUCACAACAGGUUUGUCUCGUCUUUCUCUAGCGAGUCUGCCCAUCAGAUGUUAGCCUGUUGUGCUUGUCUCUGUGUAGAAUACUGAUUUUGUAGAUUCAUGCUGUCCAUUGUUAAACCUCACUAAGAGCUUUGAGAUCAAAUUGUCACCACCUUCUUGUACCUAUCAUUUUAUACUUGACACUGCAAUUGCUUAAGGCUUAUUUAAUAGACAGUUUAACUAUUAAAUGUAACUACUUAGAUCUGCCUGUGAGAGAGUUAAGGAGAACAGGUGAAUGAGCGCUAAAAGCUUUCCAAGCUUUUGAUGUACAAGGGGAUAGAGAAAGAACACAUGGAUUCAAAUUGAAGGUGAAUAACUGUUUUCCUCAUGCUCUUACAUACUUCUGGAAUUAAUUGGUGACUUGCAGAGAAAUAAAAGCAAUUGAGAUGUUCAAAAUGCUUUGAAAGGUAUCUUGUGAACGCUGCAGGAGACAAUAGCUACCAGUGUUCACCUUUGAUGCUGUGUUUGAUGUGUUUGAGUUUGACUGACGUCAACUGUGAGAAGCAAAUAUGCAUAAUACAUCUUAUUUUCCUCACACUGAAUGAAAGAGAAUUCUCAUAUCAGAUUAAAACCUCUUUAUGAAUUGGCCACUUUAAAAAUUUUUUUUGCCUACAAUGACAUGCCAAAAUCUAACUGCCUGUAGCUCAGGCCCUGAAACAAGCAUGUGCAUAUUCUUGGUACCAUUUGAAAGGAAACACGCAAAAGGAAGUUUGUGGAAAUGUUAAAGGAAUGUAGGAGAAUAUAACAUUAGAUCUGGUAAAAGAUAAUACAAAGAAAGGAAAAAACAGUUUUUUUGUACCAUCAUCUUUGAAAUGCAAGAGAAAGGCCAUAAUGUAUUAUUCCAGCCCAGGUACAAUUUAGAUUUUGGCCACAAGAUGGCAGCAGUGUGUGCGCAAAGUAUUAGACUGAUCCAAGGAACCAUUGCAUUUCUGUUCAAAAUGUUGUAUCAAGACUGCCCAAAUGUGCCUAAUUUGUUUAUUAAUAACUUUUCAUGUUCAAAACUGUGCACUCUCCUCAAACAAUAGCAUGGGAUUAUUUCACUGUAAUAGCUACUGUAAAUUGGACAGUGCAGUUAGAUUAACAAGAAUAUAAGCUUUCUGCCAAUAUCAGAUAUGUUUAUGUCCUUGAACAUUUUCUCGCAUUAGUCUACAUUAGUUCAACCAUCCCGCAGGGGACCCACCAAUCCCGAAGAAGUUUUGAACACUCCAUUUCAUUGAAUUCAGACAUUUGGCAGGCAAAGGAAUUGUGCUCAAAUUAUGUUGGCUGGGUCACCCACAGCUAAGUGUGUGUGUGUGUGUGUGUGUGUGUGUGUGUGUGUGUGUGUGUGUGUGUGUGUGUGUGUGUGUGUGUGUGUGUGUGUGUGUGUGUGUGUGUGUGUGUGUGUGUGUGUGUGUCUAUUGUGCGAGCGUGUGUGUGUAUUUGCACGCAUUUGCGUGUGUUUGAGGAAAAUCAAAACAGUGCUUGGUGUAUUUAUUUAUUUAUUUAUGCCUUUGUGUAUUUAUUCAGAACCAAUAGCAUAAAGUACCUGUUUGAUAGUGUAAUUGAAGUGCUAUGUAAAUGCUCAUCUAUCCAAAUCUUUCCUAUUGUUAUGACUGUAAUAAAACAUUGUAGCCCUUUUUCCAGAUUUGAAAAGAGACUAAUAUUAAGACUAAUAUUAUUGUGUUAUUAUUGUAUCCCCUCAAGAGUUACACCUGUUAGCUCUGAAAUGUGUCAUCCACUUUCUAGGAGUUGAUGGUUCUGUAUUCUAUACAAGCUCAUAAUGAAGGGAUGACCAAUGUGAUGCGCAAUGCAAGGCUUUUAGAAUAGACCUUUGUUUUCAAGUUACACAGUCAAUGAGCUAUAUUUUCAUUUUGCCUAGUCACAGUGCAUGCUAGUAUGCUACAACACGUUACAUUAAACCACCCAUCUCAGUAGCAGGAAACUAAUAUAAACUUGUGAUUUUUGUGUUUCUAUUUAAAUGGUGUAUAGAAUGUUAUGAUAAUAAUCUCAUGAUUUAAGUUUGGGAAAGAAACAAGAUGGAUAUAUCUAUAAACAAUUCAAUAUCAGUCCUGGUUCAAGUCAAAGUUCAUGUAGCUAGUGAUAGGAGUUUCAAACUGUAACGGUUCCUUUUUAUCGAUUUGUUUUCAAUGAAAUGAUAUACGACAUGAUGAAUAAAGCGUUUUCAUGUUAAACAUAAUGGAGAUUACUUUGUGGGUUUUAUGUCAGUACACAUGUAUCUCAUCUAUGCAUGAUCAAUUAUGGAAUGACUUGUACUGGUAGUUCCAUUAAGAUUUAAGAUGUUCUUAUACCAUAAUAAUGUAAGAAACAUCUUUCCACUUCCUUCCAUAGAUUCAAACAGUUUAUUAAGGAUAUUAAAUAUCAACAAGAGAUCAAUAUAAUCACAUACUUGUAGGUCAUACACCACUAGUAUUUUUGAUUUGUUAAUUAACUAUUGUUCUUUUUUGGUUGUAAAAUCCUACUAAACGUUUCAUGUACAAGA